ACAUUCUUCAUGUAGCGAACUAAACAUUUGAUACAAUUAUAGCCGAUAAUGUAUAUAAAAGAUCAACUAUGGCAAUUAAAUGGUAUUUAAAUGUAUGUUUUAAGAUUUGUUUUCCAAUAGAAAUGUAUAUCUUAUUUUAAAUGUAACGAAAGUGAAGGUAUCGAGAGAAUGGGGGUAGUGAACGAUUAUAGAGUAUAGCGAAUUUUUCAGAUCGAGAUACAAACUGCAAGGGUUGUGAAUGUGAAUACAGGUUCUAUUAGUCGUGCUACAUGUAUAUGUAGUUAUCAUAUAUGUAUAUAGAAUACCAUUGUCGAGCCAAAUGUAAGCUACUAAAAGCAGUAACAGAUUGAGGGAGUUAACUAGUUAAGAAUGAAGAAGUAGUCUUAAAAGUGAGGGUUGAGAAAGAGGUGUUGGAAACAAAGCGCGUGUGUAAUGCAAUUCUCUUGAAACCGCGGAAUCAGGCAACACAAAAGCGGUUGACGGAUAGUUAAUUGAUUGGACUCUCAUUUUAAGAGUUGAGAGCUUUCUGUAGUGCAUUACGUUGCUUAAAAUCUUAUAAAUUAUAUUACACACAUAUUUACAUAUAUAUAAAGCAGUGUACUCUAAUUUUGUUGGUGCAGUAUAAAGAAAAUACAUAUUAUAUUCGUGCGGUAUCCGCCCUUUAUUGCAAUAAAAGAUGGCACCGUCGUGUUUUGAAGUGAUCCUAGUCGGUUUUAUCCUUGUGUUACCAUUCUUAUACGAAAUGAGCACGAUCUUUCGUUAUUAUUUCAAAUUCCUUCUGUACUAUGGAUAUGUGAUGAUAAAUUCUAUUACAUUACUCCCAAUUAUGAUAUUACGUCCCCAGAACGUAAAAAAUUUUAUAUUGGCAUCAUCUGUAUGUUCUUGUCUCACUAACUUGUUGGGAGUCCGCUGGGAACUUAGAGGUAGAGAACAUUUAGAACAAGAAAGGGCAUGUAUAAUAGUAGCAAAUCAUCAAAGUUCUUUAGAUAUAAUGGGAAUGUUCCAAAUAUGGCCUGUAAUGGAAAAGUGCACAGUUGUAGCAAAAAAGGAACUUUUUUAUGCAUGGCCCUUUGGUUUGGCUGCUUGGCUUUGUGGAUUGAUAUUUAUAGAUAGAAUGAAUUCAGAAAAAGCCCGCACGGUUAUUAAUACUGCCACAAAUCAUAUUAAAGAUAAAAAGAUUAAACUAUGGAUAUUCCCUGAAGGCACCAGAUAUAAUACUGGUAAAAUUCAUCCCUUCAAAAAAGGUGCCUUUCAUGUUGCAAUUACCUCCCAAUUACCUAUAUUACCAGUUGUAUUUUCUUCUUAUUAUUUUUUAUCUUCAAAAGAAAAAAGAUUUGAUUCUGGUCGAGUUAUUAUAACAUCAUUACCACCAAUAUCUACAGAGGGAUUAAAUAAAGAUGAUGUUGAACAUUUAAUGCAAAAGACAAAAAAUGUUAUGAUGGAAGUGUUUCAUACAACUAGUUGUGAAGUACAGUUUUCAAAUACUUCUAUUACUUCUUAGAGUAACUUCUUAGUCAUUUUUUUAUCAAUUGAGUAAAAAUUUUAUCAUUCAUACUAUGAUUUUAACUAAGUCUCAGCUUGAAAACCAAAGAACAUUUUCCUGUGUUUUCUUAGUCAUUAUUAUUUUAAUAAUAAUAAUUUUUUUAUACUUAAGAACGUAAUAAGAAAAAGAUUACACUAUAAAACAGGUUUUAUAAAAGUACGUAGGAAUUUUGAGAAACAAAUGGCAAUCUUAAUUUUAUUUUUGUAUUGUAUAUAUUAUAAAUUUAAAACCAUUUUACAAAUUUUUUAAAUAUUAAUAUUCAUAUACAUUCACAUUUAGAUCAUUAUACAGUAAACUGUAUGACCAGUUUUUUUUCGAAACAUUUAUAUGAAAUUAUAUGAAACUAUUAAUAAUUAAGAAUCAAAAUUAUAUGAAGCACAUUUUAUUUCGGACAGUAUAUCUACUAUUACAAAUGUAUUACAUGCUUCCAUUCAUUCAUACAUUUUGAUAUACAAAGAUGGUAAGUUAUAGACAAGCAAUGUAUAUAUCUUUUUGUAAUAUUUCCAUUUAUUUACAUUCCUACAUUUGUAGUAAAAUGUAAGUAUUAUUGAUAAUUUAAAACAUUUUAAGCCUAAUGAAAAUUAUAUCUACAUAAAUGAUUCAUUCAAUGUUAACGUGAAUAACAUUCAACCAAAAUUAUGAACAUGACUUUAAUGUUUUUAUUUGGAAAAAUUCAUAAACUACUAUAAAAUUCGUAUUUAUAAUUAAAUAUUAAUUAGUGAAGUAAUGUCUAAUAUUGUAUUGUAUUCCUUUGGCAUACAUAAUUUCCUCUAAGAAUUAUACUAUUUCCAUGGUUAAUAAACUGCUAAAUUAGGAUAAUAGUAAUAGUAAUAGUAAUAGAUAGAAUGCAUUAAAUUAUACUCCAUUUUUUUGUGAUUUUAAAUUAAAAAUGUUGAAUAAGAAAACUAUGUGUGAGAUUACACUAUGAUCUCAUUAUUAGGAACAUAAAUAUGUAGAAAUGUAAACUUAACAAUGAUAUUUUAAAACAA